GUUUCUGCAAUAAUAUGGGUGCUGUUUGGUGACAUCUUUUUUUUUCCCCGAGUGGGUGUUUGUCGUAGUAUCUGGCAACCCCGGACACCCGCAGCCGUUGGUCCUUGCGUCGGUUCCUCUCUCCGCUCAAGCUCCGCAGAAGGUCUUUCUGUGUAGCCGGCUAGCAUCAUGUCGAACGUUGUGGACACGAAGCUAUACGACAUCCUCGGAGUUUCACCGUCUGCCUCUGAAAAUGAACUGAAGAAGGCCUACCGCAAACUGGCCAAAGAGUACCAUCCUGACAAGAACCCUGAUGCUGGAGACAAGUUUAAAGAGAUCAGUUUUGCAUAUGAGGUGCUGACAAACCCGGAAAAGAAGGAGCUUUAUGAUCGUUAUGGAGAACAGGGCCUACGAGAGGGAGGAGGCGGUGGGCCUGGCAUGGACGAUAUCUUCUCUCACAUUUUUGGCGGAGGACUGUUUGGCUUCAUGGGGGGGCAGGGCAGAGGGCGCAAUGGAGGCAGGAGAAGAGGAGAAGAUAUGGUACAUCCUCUGAAAGUUUCUCUUGAAGAUGUCUACAAUGGCAAAACCACCAAACUGCAGCUUAGUAAGAAUGUGCUGUGUGCUGCCUGUAAUGGUCAAGGGGGUAAGGCAGGAGCAGUCCAGAAGUGUGUGGCAUGCAGAGGACGAGGUAUGAGAAUCAUGAUUAGACAGCUGGCGCCUGGGAUGGUUCAACAGAUGCAGUCAGUCUGCACAGAUUGCAAUGGAGAAGGUGAGGUGAUAAAUGAGAAGGACCGCUGCAGAAAAUGUGAGGGUCACAAGGUGUGCAAGGAGACUAAGCUUCUUGAGGUGCAUGUGGACAAAGGCAUGAGACACGGACAGAAGAUCACAUUCUCUGGGGAAGCUGACCAAGCACCAGGGGUCGAACCAGGAGACAUAGUCCUGGUGCUGCAAGAGAAAGAACAUGAGGAAUUCCGCCGUGAUGGCAGUGACCUUCACAUGGUCCAACGUAUCGGUCUGGUUGAGGCUCUGUGUGGCUUCCAGAUGACCGUUGCUCACCUUGAUGGACGUCAGCUGCUUGUCAAAUAUCCACCUGGCAAGGUCAUUGAGCCAGGUUCUAUUCGAAUGGUGAAGGGAGAAGGAAUGCCUCAGUACAGAAACCCAUUUGAGAAGGGAGACCUUUACAUCAAGUUUGACGUCCAAUUCCCUGAAAACAACUGGAUUAGCCCAGAGAAACUGAAUGAACUCGAGUGCUUACUGCCUGCUCGUGCGGAGAAUCCUGUUAUUGCAGCAGAUGCGGAGGAAGUUGAUCUUACUGAAUUUGACAAGAGUCAAGGGUCAGGUGGAGCCAGGAGAGAGGCCUACAAUGAUAGUUCUGAUGAGGAAGGGGGGCAUCAUGGCCCGGGGGUGCAGUGUGCACACCAAUAGAAAGACUUAUGCAUUAAAACAUGCACAUUACAGACGCAUUUCUUGAGUCCCAAUGCUAACAUCUUUCAACACUUCCCACACAUACAUGUUGAUUUCUCUCCUUUCAUGAUUCGCAUGAAAAGAGGUAUACACAAAUACAGAUACACUAUAUCAACCCCCCUCAGUUUCAUUGUGCCCAUAAGUCAGAGAUAUGCUGGACGUCUGAUGACUAUUUCGUGUUUAUGGACAGUAGUGCUCAUCAGUCUCCAGCAAGAAGGUUCACUGAAGGAACUUGAUUGGAUCGCUCUCUUUUCAUCCUCUGCUUUUACCUUUCACUGUGCAAAACACCAGUCUAUUGUAUAAAAUGCAAAUAUUGUUGACCUUCUUGUAUACAGUGUAGUUUAGUCUGUCACACACAUACACACACACACGCGCGCAUGCUGCUUUCUUGCCGAAUGAUCUUGCACAUGUAGAUCAAGGGUCCAGAUAGGACACUACAGAGAAACCUGACAUCCAUCCAUGCAUCAUCAAACCGCUUAUCCUGCACACAGGGUCGCGGGGGGCUGGAGUCCAUCCCAGCCAACUUCGGGCGAUAGACAGGGUACAUCCUGGAUUGGUCGCCAGCCAAUCGCAGGGCUACACAGAGACACACAACCAUUCACACUCACAUUCACACAUCUACGGGCAAUUCAGAGUUAUUAACCCCCAAUUAACCUGAUCCCCAGAGCAUGUCUUUGGACUGUGGGAGGAAGCCGGAGAACCCGGAGAGAACCCACGCAGACACGGGGAGAACAUGCAGACUCCACACAGAAAGGCCACUGGGCGGAAUCGAACCCAGGACCUUCUUGCUGUGAGGCAACAGUGCUAACCACCACGCCACCGUGCCACUAGAAACCUGACAUCACACCUGUUUAAGUUUCAGCGCGUCACUACUAUCGCAGGGCCUCGGUAUAAAGAGGGCUAAUUUAAUUACAGCCCUAAAAGUGCAAUUGAAAAAUGCAACUGUUUCAGACAGUUAAGUCCCCAGCUGUCACAUUGCUGAAAUGUAAUCGCCCCAGACUAAAACACCCGUCAGCCAGGCACCAUGUUUUCUUAGUUUGAUCUUGUUUGUUUCAACGAUGGUGUGUUUGAGAGUUGCAAAUUGCUCAUUUGACUUGAGGACACACUUGUGUACUUUGUUUGUAAUGCAGCUGCUCCCCGUGUGAGCUGCUGUGGAAUGUUCUGGCUUAUUAGAGUGAUAGAUAUUCCUGCUUUGUGUUGGACUGCAGUGUUCGUGGAAUCUGAAUAGUGGCUUGAAGAGGGGGGAAAAAACAGAAUGUUUAUUUGCUGAGAAUUCUUCCCAUGUAGAUAUUUUCCCUCUACUGGGCCCGCAGCAAACCUCUGUAUUAUACAUAUCUUCCCAUCGUAGACUUGUUAGCCAAACUUACAUUCUUUGCCAUGUUACAAUAUUCCCAUAGAUCUGUAAAUAAAUAUAGCCCUUGUCCAUAGGUGCAUUUAAAGUCUACAGUGGUCUCCUUGUGACGAGACCUCUUUAAACUCUUAACGUGCACCGUUGUGACUUAAUGUGUAAUUAAUUAAGGCCACUUAAUUAAAUACAAUGUGGACACAACUAAAGGGGGUCAUUGUUAAAUGACGUUAAUGUUGAUGCUUACUUUGUCAAGAUAACUGUAUAAUAAACAGUCAAUUAAAA